GACUUCUGGAGAUGUGAAGGACUCCAUGGAUUAAGAUUUGAACACCAGCUAACCUAUUAUGUACUAGACCAUAUUACAUAAGGAGCUACUAUCAACAUUGGCCUUAGGCAUAUAUAGGCACGAUUCUCUGCGCAUACCAUACACCCACGUGCCUUGCGUUUUCUUCCUUUUCAGUGAAUUAGCGUUCGAGAAAGCUUUGAGACAUACCUAUCCCCUGGAUAUGUCCCUAGGAAUCUGAAGAAUAAGAAAUCUUAUCCUGGGUUCUUUUGGACGAUGGCCACUUCAUUUGCAGCAUAGGCACAUAAUGAGGGAAUAAAUGGCCUUUUUCCAACGGUCUCCGUGCUUUUCAAGUUCUAUGAUGCAGCUUGUAUUAAUUGACACAAUUCACUAUGUCUCCCCACCACCUAGAUCGAAGGACCGGCCAGGUAUACUCGGAAAAGACCUCGGCCCCGGCUGUGGCCUACUCGAAAGGGCCAUCUUGGGUUCAUGAGACACCCUUUUUGACUAGGGGUUGGGAGGAAACAAACGAAGUCGGGGCCCCUUCAUUGAAACACUCCGCAAUGAAACAGGUGCUAUCAGACCAGAGGAAUCUGACGCCACAGUUAUUUGUGAAUAUACCAUGGCCCAUUGCCAAUUAUCUGUGGGACUGCCUCGGAAGAAGGUGAGUCGCCUUGCCACAUCGGUAAACCGAACACCAUCUAAAUAACCACAUAAAAUAGUCGAAAAAGAACUUUCUAUAUGUGGAAGCUGUUCGCAACCGCGUACCCGGUUGAAUUCCGGCAGAUCUCCCAGUACCGUUCAAUGAAGAUCGAAGGACCUAGACUGGCCAUGCGGGACUACCUGGGGCUAGUGAAGAGCGACUCCAUGAAAUGGCAAGUCGUGUUAACCCUGGCUACCUCCUUUGCCAGAGUGCCUGAGCUCGUGGAAAUAUCAAGUAUCCGGAACCUUGUUGCCUUGGAAGUUGCCACGCCUCCACAUGUUGGGGCCCCCACAAGCCAUACAGAGAUGCCGGUGACAGCUCUGAAUGAUCGGAUUAUCCGAAGUUGGAGGGAACUGGUGCAAACGUCGGGUGCAUUUGCGCACCUUCGAGCUCUCAAAUUGUGUUACCAGGACUUGUCGGGUGUCGUACUGCGAUAUUUGUGCGCUUUCCCAUCUUUACGGAUAAUCGUUGCGUAUGGAUGUCCAGGUAUCCACUCCAUGUUUACCAAUGGCUCGGAGAGAGAUGGGUGGGAGUCUCGGCCGGUCCAGGAAGGACAGCCACCUGCGCUCUACGAAUUGUAUCAAACAAGCUUCGCCGAUAUGGGCGUAGAGCCCUCUGCUCUGGAUCGGGAGAGUCCAAUUCUGGACUUUCAGGUAGGCCAAACUAAUCAGACACCCAAGCGUGUAUCCAAAAAUGUCCAAACUCUAUACCUAUAUCGCACCACGGCGGCAAUUCGGACACCCGCCGAGCAGUCGGAACCACGUAUACCGACGAAAAGGCCUAGAGGAGAGGUCUCGGCCCCGGGCGAGCGUCAGGGGCGGCCGGCGCCGAAGAGGGCUGUGAUGAGAAAUCGCCCAACCAGGGACCUCGGAGAAAUAUUGGGGACUUUCCUUUAAGCGAGCGGCGGCAGAUCUAAUGUGCAAGACGUCACUGCAGGAGGGUUGGGACAGGACGCGAUGAUUGGACGUUCAGUAUUGACUUUAUGCUGUUGAGACUCUGUAAAAGCUACCAGGAGGUGUAGCUAUUGAGUAUAGCUACACAUAGCUACACCCAUGUAGAAAC